AUGCUGCCAAAGAUGGGAGUUCUCAGUGAUGAAGGAUAUCCCAAAGCAGUAUCACGCGUGGAGCAGUCGCUUUCUGGACUCGUUCUGGUUGCCAAGUCGACGAGCGGCUGGCGCCUGCUGUGCCGAGCCCUGCGUGAAGACCCGGAGGAGCCAAAGGAAUGCCAAGCUGCCUGGUGCCACGUUCUGGUUGUGGUCGAUUGUGAUGUGAGUGCCCGGCGUGAUGCCUGGCGACCGGCCGAUCAGCGCUUCGAGCUUUUGAGGCCCCGAAACAGCACGCGCUGGAUCCGCGGACGGGGCCAGCUGCAGGUCUUGGAGUGCGUCUGCCGGGCGCCCCUUUGUGGGGCCAAGCUCUUUGCAUCCUCCCUGGCGGCUUUGG